AUCCUCCAACAUUACUACAUCACCUAACCUACCCAGCAGUGAAUGGAAUGCAUUCCGCAUCGAUGCCUCAGUGAUGACAAAUCGCGCUGCGUCCCGUCCAUUUGGCCUGCCAACCAAAUAUCGGUGUGCCAAUUAAAAACAACAAAAAUCACAACAACAAUAGAAAAACAACUGCAGUGCCACACCAUUGUGUUCAUCCCUGCCACAUUGUUGCUGCUGUGGUUGUUGUUCGCUCCUACAUGCAUAUAUAUACAUACAUACAUAUGUAUGCAGAAUAUCCAGUUUUGUGCUCCUCAACAUAAUUCUUAUUGACUUCUUUACAUACGGUGCGCACAAAUGUGAUAUUCUUGCGAAAUUUUCAUUGUAUCCGUUUCCCACCGCGUUCGCGUCGUUCACACUCGAUUUCGUGCAGUACGUCUGACGUCUGCUUUGCUUACACGUACGCAUGCACUUGCAUGUUUGUUUGUUUGUUCGGUUCUUUGUUCAUUCUUCGCUGUUGCUUGUUCGUACAUCCGUCCGUCGGUUUGUCGUCUCGUCGGUGUGUGCGUGUUUGUGAGCCUAGAAAUAGUAGAAUAAGAAGAAAAAAAAAUACGAAAACAAGAAAACAACUUGGCGAGCACUUUUGCUUUCGGUCCCAACUGGAUUUCGUUAGCCGCUUCUUCUUCUGCUUCCUCCUCAAUAUCUUCACAUUGUUAUUGCAUUUGUGUUUCGCAGUUGCUAUUCGCUUUCGAUUUGCCAUUUUAUUAUUAUGUGUUGCCUCGGCGUGCUAAAAUAAGCCAGAAUCAAUGUGAAAAAUAAACGAGAAUAGAGUGGUAGAAGCUUCGUCGACGUCGACGGCGAAGCCAGUGCUGACAACAGUAGCAAUAAUAACUAGUGCUUUCCAGAGAUACUCGCAUUAUAAGGAAUCGUACCUGUGACUUAACAAAUUUUACAUAGAAAAUAUAUGCACAUUCGAAUAACUUUAAUAAUCUCAGAAUAAGUGUUUCGUGUUUAUUUCGUCCUGCAAUGGACGGCUUUAACGUUCCAAUGUUGUCCGAUAAUGGCUAUAGUAGUAACAGUAGCAACAACACACCACAAACACAUACACAUCAUCACAAAGAUCAAAUGCUUAGUGCUGGCAGUGCCCCAGCCACGCCAUUCAUAUACGACCAUCCCGCCAGCCAUAAAGGAAUCAACCAAGUGUCGGUCAGUUUGAAGUCCACCAACGACUAUGCCACCUUCACCAAUUGCAUUCAACAAUCCGCGUUGCUCGAUCACCGUACAGUCGAUGCUAAUAUCGAUGGUGUUUCGCUCAGCAGCCUAUGCGACCUGAAAUUUCCCAGUUCACCUUCGGGUGAUAGUAAUUUUAAGAAUAUUUCACUUAUAAAUAUCGAGGCUAAUCAGGUGCUAGUGCCAGCGAAAGGUAUCGCUGCAAACGAUUUGAUUACCGAUGGCGUCGGCAAUGGCAUCGAGCCGACUUUUUCAAAUAUUUUAUAUGCCAAGGACGACGUUGUCAUAGAAACGAAGGAUAUGCGCGUCGACUGCGAUGCAGCUCAGGUGACACACGUGACGCACUACUUACCCCUGAAAGCCAUCAAUGAUGCUGAGACGAAGUUUCCAAAGGCCACAGUCACGGCCACGGCUGCUGCUGCUGCUGCACCAACGGUGACUACGCUGAAUGCCAGUGCAAUGGCUGGGGUGCAGACGGUCAGUACAAAGCCGAGUGCUGGGGAUGGUGGCGGCAGAAACAACAACAACAACACCAGUGGUCGCAUGAAGCGGGGAAAUGCUGGUAGUAGAAAUGGGCGCACAGCUGCAAAUCGCCAACGACAACAGCAGCAGCAGCAGCAGCAACAGCUGUUACAACAACAACAGCAGCAGCAGCAGCUACAAAUACAGCCAGCGGAAGCUAUAACUCACACUGUAACAACGGCAGGGCGUGGCGACUACUUGUCACCUAGUAGUCUUAACGUUUUCGUGACGGAUAACCAGGCGUUGAGUGAUUUCCACAACAGUUCAGCUGAUAAUCGAAUCACAACAACAACGUCCACAAUAAUAACCACUGCCACUGCCAGCAGCAAGAGCAUCACAACAAAUGCCAAUAAUAAUUUCAUUGCCAGCAAUCAUAGCCAGAUUGCCAGCGGUAGCUGCAGCAAUGCCGCCAACACCACCAAUACCAAUAGCACUAAUAAUAACAGCAAUAAUAACUGCAACAAAAACAAUGUACAAAAUAUGAACAGUAUUGCAACAAUGGGGCAUAACCGGGCAACAGUUUUGCAGCCAGUUGUCGAUGAGACGAAAACGUUGGGCUCACCCACCCAGCAGCAGCCAGGGCAGCAACAACAGCCACGGCGGCCUGCUGCAGUAAUCGUAUCCACUUUGUCGAAAGGCAGCUGCAUUAGCAAAAGCAAUAGUGUCAACAUAAAUAUCAAUCAUGCCAACAACAACAAUAGCAAUGUAAGUGGCAACAAUAGCACAAUGUCACCGAUUUCUAUAGAUGCUGCCACAGAGCCAGAGAUACAACAGUCACCACAGCAGCAGCAGCAACAGCAGCAGCAGCAACAGCGGCAAAAACAGUUGCAACAAAUGCAUUCAGCAAAUGUUAGCACCGAAUGUGAUUCACUAUCGUCCAUGGAUAUGAGCGAUGGUAGUUUUGGUUAUCAAGACAAUACGUCAUCACAUUCGCAACAGAGCGUUAGCGGCGGCGGUGGCGGUGGUGGCCCGGGCUCUGGCGGUGGUGGUAGUAGCGCCAGUAGUAAUGUCACCAAUGUUGUACUACUCAAUGGCAGUAAUCCAAAUGCUGCUGGUGGUUAUAUGACACUCCUGCCACCGGCCACCUCGAGUGGUCAAAUGGGCAUAUCGGCGGGCGGCACAAGCGCUAGCGCUGGUGGUGGCUCCGGUGAGGGUAUUGAUUUCAAGCAUCUCUUCGAAGAGUUGUGCCCCGUUUGCGGUGAUAAGGUGAGCGGCUAUCACUAUGGGCUGCUGACGUGUGAGUCUUGCAAAGGUUUCUUCAAGCGUACCGUGCAAAACAAAAAAGUGUACACAUGCGUCGCUGAGCGUUCCUGUCACAUCGAUAAGACGCAACGGAAACGUUGCCCCUACUGUAGAUUCCAGAAAUGUCUCGAAGUGGGCAUGAAACUUGAAGCCGUGAGAGCGGAUCGAAUGCGCGGGGGUCGCAACAAAUUCGGACCCAUGUACAAACGCGAUCGGGCGCGAAAACUACAAAUGAUGCGUCAACGACAACUCGCCUUGCAAGCGCUACGCACAUCCAUUGGCUCGGUUGAGAUGAAGUCGUCGCCACUCUCGCCUGGUUACCAACAAGCAUAUCCAAAUAUGAAUAUAAAACAAGAAAUACAAAUACCUCAGGUGUCCUCUCUCACACAAUCACCAGAUUCAUCGCCCAGUCCCAUUGCGAUUGCGCUCGGGCAGGUCAAUACAAGCGGCGGUGUGAUAUCAACGCCCAUGAAUGGCGGUGGCGGUGGUGGUAGCGCUGGUGGUGGUGGUGGUGGCGGCGGCGGUAAUGGCAAUGGUGGCAACACCGGCACCAAUAAUAGCAGCAGCAAUAACGCCAGCGAUGGACUCAACCGCGGUGGCAGUGGCAAUUGCCACGACACUGGAACUGGAUCUCUGCAGAAUGCGUCCGACGCGAAAAUCUUCGACACCGGUACGCAUCCUUCAAGCACUGCUGACUCCAUCAUCGAGCCACUUAGGGUGUCGCCAAUGAUACGCGACUUCGUGCAAUCGAUAGACGAUCGGGAAUGGCAGACACAACUCUUUGCGUUGCUACAAAAACAAACCUACAAUCAAGUGGAAGUUGAUCUCUUCGAGCUGAUGUGCAAAGUGUUGGAUCAGAAUCUGUUCUCACAAGUGGAUUGGGCUAGAAACACUGUCUUCUUUAAGGAUCUUAAGGUUGAUGAUCAAAUGAAAUUGCUGCAGCAUUCCUGGUCAGAUAUGCUUGUGCUGGAUCAUUUGCAUCAGCGAAUACACAAUGGCCUACCCGAUGAAACGCAAUUGAAUAACGGUCAAGUAUUCAAUCUACUUUGGCUGGGUCUGCUGGGUGUACCGCAAUUGUCCGACUAUUUUAAUGAGCUGCAAAAUCGAUUGCAAGAUCUUAAAUUCGAUAUGGGCGAUUAUGUGUGUAUGAAAUUCCUAAUACUACUCAAUCCAGACGUGCGUGGCAUUGUCAACAAGAAGACCGUUUUGGAGGGGCAAGAGAAUGUUCAAGCAGCGCUACUGGAUUACACGCUCACCUGUUAUCCAUCAGUGACGGAUAAAUUUCGGAGGCUGCUCAGCAUACUUCCCGAUAUUCAUGCGAUGGCCUCGCGUGGCGAAGACCAUCUCUAUUCGAAACACUGCGCUGGCAGUGCACCCACACAGACGCUACUCAUGGAAAUGCUGCAUGCAAAACGAAAAGCAUAAAUACAAAAAGGGCUAUGAAAUGUUUGUACAUAUGUUUGGAUGUGUGUUGGAACACGUGAAAGCCGGCGCGUGUAAAAUGUGACGAAAGCGCUUCAAAUGCGGCAGGAGACGAUAUAGAUUGGCUUUUUAUCAAAUGACGCUGAAAUAAUCCAGGGUUGGCUUUUAGAUAAAACAAAGUAAUAAGAAAAAAAUAAAUAAACAAAAAAAUUGGGAAGUUAAGAUAAAAGUAUAUAAUAUAAAUAUAUAUAUAUAUAUAUAUAUAUAUAUAUUUACAUUAAAAAGGUAAUUCGUAGCACUUGGAUUUUACGUUAUCACCAUUCACACUUGCAAUUUAACUGCAGAAUGUAAAAACGAAACGUAGAAAAUGACGAGCGCGUUGAUAUGUAUGUUUAAGGUUAGGCAGUUUAGGCAGAGCAAAGAUAAAUAAUAUAUUUUUAAAAUGGAUAUAUAUGUAUAUUGAUAUAGCUUAAGCGUUUAUUCAUAUUAUUAUAUUAAAAAUA